AUGCCGAUGGAAACGGUGCGCCAGAAAUGUCGGCCGAAACACCAGAUACUGGUCCUUAAGUGCUAUCCCCAAUACCAAAAAGGGGUCCAAGAUGUCAAACCGAAUUCCAGCGAACUUUCCUACCUUCUUUACUAUGUGAGCACGCGCCGCAGCAAGCUGCCCAAGGUCAGCGCCUUCCUGGAGAAAAGAGCCGCCCGAGACGUCUGGCGCCGUAAAAUGGGAAAUGUCCAAGUUACGCUCCAAAUUCUUAGCGCGCUCAUUGAGAAAGUUCCCCGCGAUCUACCAAUUUUCGCUCGAUCUGUCUUGACCGUUAUCGAAACUGUGCUGCGGUCUCGUGAUAUCUCUAUGGUGGAGGAUUCGAUCGCCACUUUCGAGACCUUUUGCCGGCAUCAGGACAUGGCUGCGCUGUCUGCUGAACAGGACUUCGCCAACCAGUACCGCGAAGUCGUCCAGAUAUAUGCGGGAUUUGCUCAUGAGGAGGAACACCAGCUUCAGUCAAAGGCUCCCAGCCCUCCGCAGGCGAUACGGUGGAAGAACGCAGGACUACGAGCUAUCAAGGGAGUAGUCAGCUCCGAAGCUGGCCUGGCAGCCGAUGGCGGUGAUUCACUGCGAAUAAUACUACCAGUCAUCCUGGAAAACCUGUAUAAUGGAGAAGACACAAUGAUCGCAUCUCUCGAGCGCAAACUCCAGGAAACGGAGCGGCAUGCGCCGGACCCAGCGGUACGCCGGAGAUAUAGCGCAGUUACCGUGCAGACCGUUGACACUGCAGAAGGCGAUCCCGCUUUGGCGGCUCAGAACAUUGCGGAUGUCGACAAGAAAGCUGAAUUAGAUAUGCGGCUACUUGCCCUGCGCUGUCUGGAACAGAUCAUUGUUAAUGGCAGCACCCGUGGUCAGAUUCGCCUCACCACAAGACUCGUGCUGGAUUUUAUUCUGCGAAAAGGACAAGCGAACAACACUUACCUAUCGCUCGAAACGGACGAAAACAACUGGGCCACAUCGUUGAUUGAGGUUGUAGCCAAAUGGUGCCCCGUUCAGGCUCGUUUCAUCAUUUCUACCGCUGCCAUGGAAGUCCUAUUCGAAUUCCCGCCCAAGGAGAAGACACUGGAUCAGGCUUAUACUAUUAUUUACAUCAUCGACUACCUCUUGAAAUCUUCAGUGAACAUGAUUGGGCUUAGCGUGAUCGAUGUCUUGCUGGGGUUGAUGCGCUACAUGGCAAUCCUGGUCUCGCCGGCUUCUGCAAAACCCACCGAUGAGCACCCGGUUGAAAACGAAAAGCCAAGCAACGAUGAUGAUACCGAACUUUCUCACAAGGAGAAGGACCUGCUUUUACUCCUCCAAAAGUGCAUCGGAGACCUCACUACGCACAUCUACUAUGGGGACCAGGUUGUUGAUAUGCUCAGGGCUAUCUUGACUCGGAUAAAACCGCCGCAUGGCCAAGAUAAGGUAUCGCCUGCAGUACCUGAACAGCUAGACGGCCCUUUAUCGGAAGCAAACCCAACAUCCUUUUUCUCAACAAGCGCGAAAGUCUGCGCUCUUAGGGCUAUUAAAAACAUCCUACUUGUGGCAAACUCUCAGCGACCUAUGGCGUCAGCCGGUGCUGAAUCGCGGAACCCUGUUGGAAUUCAUGUCUGGGAGGGAACCCACUGGCUCCUCCAGGACCCGCAAAAGGAAGUGAGGUACGCGUACGUUGAUGCACUCCUUUACUGGCUGAAACUAGAGACGAACAAAAGCGAUCUGAAGCUGAAAGACCGAUCAACCAAAACUGCUAUAAUGUCAGCGAGGCGUGAUUUCUCAGAUGCUUCAGAGAGAGGUGUUAAGCGAGCAACGGGGGCUCAUCCGAGGGAAAAGGCCGUGGUCGUUGCUCAAUCAAACUUCCUUCGCUUGCUGCAUUUGACGAUUUAUGAAGUUGCUCUCCAGCGUCCGACACAAGAGACCGAGGUCCGUAUACUACACCUACUUCUAGGCAGCCUGGUGCAACAUCUUGGCAUCAAUGCGGCUAGAUUUGGGCUACCAAUGAUCCUGAGGCUUCAAGACGACAUGGCCACCUCUCAGAGUUUAAGCACACCUUCAGCUAAAGUGAACAUUGGGAGCCUGGUAUAUGGUUACCUGUGGGUAUUGUGUGAGACUUUCGGCCUGGACACUUCUAGGGUUGGACAGGAGAUUGUGACCGAAAUCGAAAACCGAAUAGCUCGAAGCAUUUGGUUGGAAGGCAUCGGGCUCUCUUUCAACAGUCUUGAAAGCAUUGUCGGAGAAGAUCAACAUGCUGUGAGCCAUAAUACCAGGGAAACGAAUAACGUGACUCCGUUCAAAAGUGGUGUUGAAGAGUUCGUCCGCCGGAUCGAGGAGUCUUACAACCGUACUCUGUCUGCUAAUGAUGCGCCAACUUCCCCGGGACGCAAUUUGGGAAAGCCUGUAAUAGAAGGACAUCUAAACCCUGUCAAUCUGCACUCAAGCGACCUUCUUCCAUCGGUUGUCAGAGAACAAAUGCUCUCGCCCUGGUCCAAGCAAAGCGCACUGGAAGCCGCUGAACGAGAAAAGGCGGAGGCCCUUUCUCUUAACGGGUCGAGAACAGGGACUUUAGGUAUGCGCGGCCAUGCGCACGCCAAUGGUACUGGUAGUUCUACUUCAACAAACUCACCAUCUACCGCCCACGUGGCGACCGCAGGUCUCCAGACCUCUCGGCGUAUGAGCAUGCCGGAUAAGACGGCCACCCCAAAUCACAGCUCCAGCAGAGACUCUCCUGUUCGUGUAAACGAGCUAAGGCGUGUUCUCUCUGUACAGGCCCCUGAUAGGGAUCGACGAUUGAGCCCAUUGCGGGGCCGAUUAGAUGCCUCCAGCGGCAGCAUCAUCUCUUCCAGCAGCGAGAGCAUGGUCAGCGGCUUUUCCAACUCUGAAUAUGAAGGAGACGCAGUGUCAAUCCGACCCCCCACGAGAGAUGGACAGGAGCCACUCGAUGGCGAUGGUAUGGAAACACCUAGGGCUCUGAUGAGCAACGGAGGUAGUUACGAACAGCAAUCAAGCACUUCUUGGGCUUCCUCCUACUCGAUACCUCCAGUCCCACCGAUUCCGCACGGCAUCUCUAUCCCAGGCGGGUUUCCCAACGACUCCCAGCGCUCCUUGCCUACAUCGGACCGCCCGUCGACAGCUACAUCACGUAAACAGGGCACGCUCAAUGGAAAGUCUGCGGAUAACAAGACUCUCCACAGGCAAAAAUCUCGGACCGGUGCCGGGUUAGCAAACGGUGCUGAUGUGCCAGAAGUAGCGAUCAACGGUAAAUCCACCGGGGCUCAAUCAUACGGCUUGCAGGGAGUAGAGGAGAGCUCUCAGCGGCGCAAUGUAGAGAAACUCCUGGACGGGUUUCUAUCAUCAUCGGACCCAGCUGCUACUCUUCAACCGAGAGUUGCUUCCAACUACAGUGGCCGACGCAAUGUGACUGGCGGAAUUGGACGCCCGCCAUACUAG